AUUAUUGAGAACACUUUACUGAGACUAUGAAACUGAAAAUGAAAAAAUGGUAAGUGAGGAACACAGUGAGAGAGAGAGAGAGGUGGCAAGAUAUUGAUGGGUGAAGAAUAAAAACACCAUAUCUCCAACUCCAACCCACUCACCGAGAACUUGUGCUCUUGCCUUCUAAAAGUGGGGAAUGACACAUGAACCAGCAUAUUUAUACACACUAUUAAGUUAUCCCCACUCCCCCCAUCACCAUAGUACACACACACUCACUAAUAUCAACGAAUUAUUCUCUAAUCGACUCUACAAUCAGCAUAAAUUGAUAUGAUAUACAGCUUUCUAUGGUUUGAGCAGAAAUGGCAGAGAAUACUGAUUCAAGAUCACCAACCUCAAUGAGGAAGGUGUUGGAUAAAAUUAUGGGGUUUGGUCCCUCUUUAAGAAGGAACACUCCUCCACGUGUUAGGAGGAUUUUUCAUAGGGAUGUUGAAGAGGAUGAGUUUCAAUAUGCUAAUGCUCAUUGUCUCUCUUCUUACUACAGUGUUUUUGUCGUUCGUUUAGCUAUCAUGGUGAUGCUAGCAAUUUUGAUUGGGCUGUUAACUAUUCUAACAUGGCAUUUCACAAGGAGUUAUACAAAGAGGUCAUUAGAGACCUUAGCAUCUGGUCUUCGUUAUGAACUUCUGCAACGCCCCAUACUGCGGAUGUGGAACAUUUUGAAUUCUACUGCUGAAAUAACGACAGCCCAGGUUAAGCUAUCGGAGUAUGUAAUUAAACGGUACAGCAAUCCAACAUCUCAAGCAGAACAAGUUGAGCUGUAUGAAAUGAUGAAGGAUGUGACGUGGGCACUAUUUGCGAGUCGCAAAGCUCUCAAUGCCAUCACUAUAACUUAUAGAAAUGGAUUUGUUCAGGCUUUUCAUAGAGAUCAUAGGAGUAACAAUACAUUCUACAUCUACUCUAAUCUUGUCAACUAUUCAAUUAGUGGCGAUGAGCAUUAUGAUGCUGAGACGUUGUCCUCACGUCAAGGGUGGAAUGAUCAGUCCAUUCAGGGUAACCUUUCUGCAAUUUGGUAUCGAGAACCACUUGAUCCUUCAACAGGUGAAAAGAUUGGAAAAGCAAGCCAAAUUCCACCAGAUGAUCUCAUCAAUAUCGCUGGCUUUUCGCAAGUUCCUGAUGGUGUAGCUUCCUGGCAUGUAGCAGUGAGCAAGUAUAUGGAUUCACCGUUACUUUCAGCCGCAUUGCCUGUCUGGGAUGCUUCAAAUAAAAGCAUAGUGGCCGUUGUAGGUGUUACAACUGCUCUUUACAGUGUGGGACAGCUGAUGCGAGAACUCGUUGAAGUUCAUAGUGGACAUAUAUAUUUGACCUCUCAAGAGGGCUAUUUACUCGCUACUUCAACAAAUGCUCCUCUUUUGAGAAAUUCGUCAAAGGGGCCCAAGCUUAUGAUGGCUGUUGAUUCUGAGAAUGACAUAAUACGAAUGGGAGCUCAGUGGUUAGAGAAUCUCUACGGAAACAAGCCUCCUCCGGGUCAUGUUGUUCAUGUAGAGAAUGCAAAGCUUGGCCACCAGCAAUAUUACAUUGAUUCAUUUUUCCUAAAUCUAAAGAGACUGCCUAUAGUAGGCGUUAUCAUCAUUCCAAGAAGAUACAUAAUGGGGAAAGUAGAUGAAAGAGCCUUCAAGACACUGGUUAUUUUGAUUUCUGCAUCUGUAUGCAUACUAGUCAUAGGUUGCGUCUGCAUAUUAAUACUCACGAACGGAGUAUCCAAGGAAAUGAAGUUGAGAGCAGAGCUAAUAAGCCAUCUCGAUGCCAGAAGAAGAGCAGAGGCAUCAAACAACUACAAGAGCCAAUUUCUUGCAAAUAUGAGUCAUGAAUUAAGGACUCCCAUGGCUGCAGUAAUUGGCUUACUGGAUAUUCUUAUCUCUGAUGAUUGUCUCACAAAUGAACAAUAUGCAACUGUUACGCAGAUUAGAAAAUGUUCUACAGCUCUUCUCAGGCUUCUUAACAAUAUCUUGGAUCUGAGUAAGGUUGAAUCGGGAAAGCUGGUGUUGGAAGAUGCUGAGUUUGACUUAGGACGAGAGCUUGAAGGACUCAUUGACAUGUUCUCUGUGCAGUGCAUUAAUCACAAUGUGGAGGCGGUUUUAGAUCUUUCCGAUGAUAUGCCAAAAUUAGUCCGAGGAGACUCUGCGAGAGUUGUGCAAAUUUUUGCAAAUCUCAUAAGCAAUUCCAUCAAGUUCACGAAUUCGGGUCAUAUUGUUUUGCGUGGUUGGUGUGAGAAUUUAAGUACUUUCAACGAUCCUACAAACUUUCUUCUUGAUCGCAAGAAAGUACGGUGUGCAUUUACGACAAAAUUGAGGCAGCAGGGGAACCAUUCGAAGAAGGCCUCUAAGAAAGAAAACAAAGUGAUUCUUUGGUUUGAAGUUGAUGAUACAGGAUGUGGAAUUGACCCAAGCAAAUGGGAAUCAGUAUUUGAAAGCUUUGAGCAAGCGGAUCCCUCAACCACUAGAUUGCAUGGAGGCACUGGUCUUGGACUCUGCAUAGUUCGAACCUUGGUUAACAAGAUGGGGGGAGAAAUAAAAGUUGUAAAGAAAAAUGGGUCAGGAACUCUAAUGCGACUUUACUUACUUCUUCGGACACCUUUAGAUGGCACAGAACCGCAUUGCCAAGUAGAUUUUUCGGGGCAUAAUUUUGUGGUUCUGCUAGCAUUAUACGGCUCAGUGGGGAGAAAUAAUACGUCCCAAUGGUUGCAAAAAAAUGGACUCCUUACUUUAAGAGUGUCCGAAUGGAAUGAGUUGACACAAGUUCUUCGAGAACUGUUUUAUGCACGAAGACGCAGUAAAGGCUUUGAGGCUCAGUGGUCUCUGAAUGAACCGUUAAAAUCUGAAGUUCUUAAUAUACAAGAUAUUAAGGACCCUGUAUUUGUCAUAGUCGUAGAUAUAGGAUUGCUCGACUUGAGCACAGAUAUAUGGAAGGAACAACUCAACUUUCUCGACAAGUUCUCUAGCAAAGCGACAUUUGCUUGGAUGCUAAACCAUGACACUUCAAACGCAAUAAAAAUGGAGCUCCGCAGGAAGGGUCAUAUUGUGAUGGUAAAUAAACCUUUAUACAAGGCAAAAAUGAUCCAGAUUUUGGAAACUGUCAUGAAAGAACAAAAGAAAAGUGUCAGUUCUGUAAGAGCUGCAACAAAAGAUGAUGAAAUGCACGAAUGUCUUGAGAUUGAUACUAUUCAGUUUGAGAAUGCCAGUUCUGAAGAUUCUGAUAUGGCUGAAACUGCCAUAAAUUCAUUUCAUCUCGGAGAAAGGAUCACUAAUCCAUCACAAUGUCAGCCAUUUAAAAAGCGCUUAAUUGAACUGGCUGAUAUGCAUUCAGAAGAAAACAAUUUGAGGAUAGAAGAUGCGAGUCAAGUCAGGCAGAACCUGCCGAUCACAAGAGCUGAAACCUUUUCACCAAACUCUAGAGAUGAAAGUUCAGAACACUUGGAACAACAUCCAGAAAGCAGUUUCCCUAAAGGACAAUUGGAUUCACACUCGAGAAAACCUGCAAAGGAACAAAAAGCUCUAGAGGGAGUACGCAUCCUUUUAGCAGAAGAUACUCCCGUUCUUCAAAGAGUUGCAACCAUCAUGUUAGAAAAAAUGGGGGCUACUGUUGCUGCUGUGGGAGAUGGAUUGCAAGCAGUUGAAGCUCUUAAUUGCCGGUUUAGCGGAAAAGAAGGCAGAAGGGAGUCUCUCUUGCGAGACGGAAAUGAUGCUUCGCAAACUGAAAUUUCGGCUUCCCUGCCGUAUGACUUGGUUCUGAUGGAUUGUCAGAUGCCAAAAAUGGACGGCUACGAAGCAACAAAAGCGAUCCGAAAAUCAGAGGAAGGAACGGGAUUGCACAUUCCGAUUGUUGCAUUGACAGCCCAUGCAAUGUCAUCAGAUGAAGCCAAAUGCUUGGAAGUAGGCAUGGAUGCUUAUCUAACUAAGCCAAUUGACUACAAGCUGAUGGUAUCCACUAUUCUGUCACUUACUAAAAGAACUACCUAAUUUUUUCCGUCACUUGUCAACGAAUAUAGCUAGCCAAAAAAAAAAAAAAGCGCAACGCAAGUUGUUUGAAUGUCCAAGUUUUAGCAGUUUUGGGUUUGAAGUUCAUAUGCUUGCCCUCUGGCUCAUCUAUUGCUUGUAUGUAUAAUAAAGCAUAGUAUAGUCAAUUCAAUGAAAUAUGAGAAAUUGGAGAAGUGCAGACAUUAAAAUGAUGUUAAUAUUGAAGUAUGUAUAUAAUUUAGAACUGUACCUUUUCAAUUGGCA